AUGUCUGUGUGGAAUCUUCUUAGAGAGUUCCGCAUCAGGAAGGUGCACAUGGCUGUUGUUCUUAAUGAAUAUGGAGGAACUGUUGGAGUAAGUCAUAUUCUCAGACCUCAGUUUUGUUUAUGUCUCAGGAAUUAUACAAUUUCUUGGAUUCCUAAACAAACGAGUCAAACCUUUGAACCUGUCACAGGUUUUCUCCCAUUUGUUACAGAGUCCAGUUAUAAGCAAAUACAUCAACCUAUCAAUGAUACAAACCCUCCUGAUGCAACACCUACUGCAGGUUCCUCUGAAAAUGAAUCUGAGACUGAAAGUAUAGAUGAAGAAGGUCUCAGAUACAAUGAUAUUGAAACAAAUCAGAGAGAGGUUGAUGGUUGGAAUGUACCUAAAUUACAACCUGAAAGUUGUGAUGCUAAUGCUGAAGGAGAUAAAACAAAUACUCAGGUUGUAGAUGAGACUCAUAAUGAAGGUCAUCAAAUGAUCACAAGGAGCAAAGCAGGAGUGCUUCCUUAUUCUUCAAUUGAGCCAUGUGCUGAUAUUAUUCUAGAGUCUUCUUGUAUAUAUCGUAUAUAUAUAGAUAAUGCUGUAUAA